AUGGCUGCCAAGGUGGAAGUGAGGGGCGGAGGGCUCCCAGGGUCUCUUGCUGGGGCACACGAGCACACACAAGCCGUCACCAGGGACUAUCUCACCCACCCAAGGCUGACCUACAAGACCGUGUGUGGUGUGAAUGGGCCGCUGGUGGUACUGGACAACGUUAAGUUUGCCCAGUUUGCCGAGAUCGUCAACUUCACCCUCCCCAACGGCACACAGCGGAGUGGGCAGGUCUUGGAAGUGGUGGGCACCAAAGCCAUCGUCCAGGUGUUUGAAGGAACAUCUGGGAUCGAUGCGAAGAAGACCUCUUGUGAGUUCACUGGGGACAUUCUCCGCACACCUGUUUCAGAGGAUAUGCUCGGGCGAGUUUUCAAUGGUUCCGCUAAACCCAUUGACAAGGGGCCGACUGUUAUGGCCGAAGACUUCUUGGACAUUAAUGGUCAGCCCAUCAACCCCCACGGCCGCAUUUACCCCGAGGAGAUGAUCCAGACAGGAAUUUCACCCAUCGAUGUCAUGAACAGCAUCGCCAGGGGACAAAAGAUCCCCAUCUUCUCAGCUGCCGGCCUCCCCCACAAUGAGAUCGCUGCUCAGAUCUGCCGGCAAGCCGGGCUGGUGAAGAAGUCCAAAGGUGUCAUGGACUAUCACGAGGACAACUUUGCCAUUGUCUUUGCUGCAAUGGGGGUGAACAUGGAAACAGCCCGUUUCUUCAAGUCAGACUUCGAGGAGAACGGCUCCAUGGAGAACGUGUGUCUUUUCCUGAACUUGGCCAACGACCCCACAAUUGAGCGUAUCAUCACUCCCCGCUUGGCCCUGACCACGGCGGAGUUCCUGGCCUAUCAGUGUGAGAAACACGUCCUUGUGAUCCUGACGGACAUGAGCUCAUACGCGGAGGCCCUGCGUGAGGUCUCCGCUGCCAGAGAGGAGGUCCCCGGCCGUAGGGGAUUCCCGGGCUACAUGUAUACCGACCUGGCCACCAUCUAUGAGCGAGCCGGGCGUGUGGAGGGCAGGAAUGGCUCCAUCACACAGAUCCCCAUUCUGACCAUGCCGAACGAUGAUAUCACCCACCCCAUUCCUGACUUGACCGGAUUCAUUACGGAAGGGCAAAUUUAUGUGGACCGCCAGCUCCACAACAGACAGAUCUAUCCACCCAUAAAUGUCCUGCCUUCGCUUUCCCGUCUGAUGAAGUCAGCUAUUGGGGAAGGUAUGACGCGGAAGGACCAUGGUGACGUCUCCAACCAGCUGUACGCCUGCUACGCCAUCGGCAAGGACGUCCAGGCCAUGAAGGCGGUGGUCGGGGAGGAGGCCCUGUCGGCGGAUGACCUCUUGUACUUGGAGUUCCUGCAGAAGUUUGAAAAGCAGUUCAUUGCGCAAGGGGCUUAUGAUAACAGGUCUAUCUUUGAGUCGCUGGACAUUGGCUGGCAGCUUCUCCGCAUCUUCCCCAAAGAGCUCUUGAAGAGGAUCCCAGAGAACAUCCUCUCCGAAUACUACCCACGGGAGGCCAAAGGGGUGGGGCAGGAGCGCUCGGACACCGCACUGUGA